CCGACGUUCACUUGAUGCUAAUGACAUCGGUGCCCUGACUUGUCUUUGUACCAGCCAGACUAGAGCCGAUCAUCACACUCGAGUAAUCGCCGUCCUCUGAACCCAACUAGGUGGAAACUUGUGGUGUUAACAUACGAUUGCUUACAGCGAAACAGUUUUGCGCUUGACUUUGUAUUCUUAGCUCACCGGCAGCGGCGAUCGGACGAAUCAUGGAGCAGCCCAAAGCGUAACGCGGAAUAGAAAUGUCGGGCUCGCUUCAACUCUUCUGUUGGGCCGGAGAAGGCCAGGUCAAGGACAAGAAAAUAUACUACCAAGGCUUUUCCUUAGACGGACAAACAUAUAAUGUUGGUGACUGCGUAUUUCUGUUUCCCGAGUACGAGCACUUCCCACCCUACAUAGCACGAAUAUUGGCAGCAUGGGUUGACCAAAAUGUGGAGCCUGAAGCACUACCGGAGGUAACACAUUGCAUAGAGGUAAAAUGGUUUGAACGGCGUGUCAACCUGGAGCCAAGCACUAGAGGCAUCGAGGAGAGCGAACGGGAAGUGUUUGAACUUGAAGACACCGACGUUAACCCGAUUGGGUGCAUCUCGGGGAAAUGCCGCAUCAUUAGAGCCCAGAACUACGAAGAGGCCUGCAGCCGCUGCGGCAACGCUGCGGGGUGGUUCUUCUGCCGGGGCUACUUCCACCAGAGCACCAACUCUUUUGUGGCGUACACACCCAGCGAGAUGGCAGCAGGAGAGGCGGAGGGCGCUGCUGCAGCCCUCCCCCCGCCCGGCCCCCAGCAGCCGCAGCAGCAGCAGCGGGGGGCGGGGCUGCUGGGCGAGGGGGCGCGCGGGGAGGCGGACCACCUGCCGCUGCAGCAGCUGAGGGCACCCGGCGGGCUGCCCGGCAGCGGGGCGCAGGCACUAGAUCCGCGGGGUCGCCCCGCCGGCGAGGGCCCCAGCCACCCGGGGGGGCCGCACCCCGGCUUCCCCAACGGCCUCAAGGAGGUUGCCGCCGCCGGAUCGGAGGCGGAGGAGCUGGUGCAGGCGGGGCGGGUGCUGCAGCACAACCCGCCGCCGGCGCAGCAGCAGCCGGCCAGCAAGCGGCAGAAGGCGACGGGGCGAACGUGCAUGUCGUGCGGCGUGACGUCGACACCGCAGUGGCGAGAGGGACCCAUGGGUCCCAAGACGCUGUGUAACGCUUGCGGCGUGCGCUACGUGCGGUCGCAGCAGCGGGCGGCGGGGCAGAAGCGGUCGGGGGGAGGGCCAAAAAACGGGCAGGGCCGCCUGCAGGAGCCGACCCCUCCUCGGGCGCAGCAGCAAGCAGAUCGGGUCACAAAACGGGGCACAAAGGCGUACCGAAACGAGCCGCCGACUGACCCCUCCGACGGGGAGGCCGGGGCCAUGUCCUGACCCCCACCCCACUAGCAGUACCCUAGCAGCACUGCGCGCUUGCUCGCUGCAGGUAGGGGCCAUGCAGCGCUCGGGUGCGCGGCGCAGCACGGGAGCAGGGAGCACCUUUUUCCAUGGAGCAGCAGCGGU